GUAAGCGAAUGCAGGUUUUGAGACUUGGGGCUGGUUGGGCUGGGUGGUAUGACCUCAGUUUUGGAGUGGGAAGGCUGUGAGAGGGUGUUAGUAAUGAGGUGUGGGUGUGUCUCGGCCUCGGUUGUCAAAUGUAGAGUGAUCAAUGGUUGAUGGGGGCGGAAUUGUUGAAGGCUUUCUCGUCUCUGGUGUAAAAUUGCUGGGUUGAGGGAGCUGAAGCGGCAUAUUCGAUGUGACGAGCUCAAACCGGUCUGCACCAACUGUCUUACACGUGGGGGAGAGUGCGGUUAUGCUGCUGAAGGAGCCAGGGGUGCAUCUGAUUCCCCUUCGUCGGCAGCUGCAACAAUGCAACCACCUCUGGUAGCGUACCCGAGCUCACCGGCAGAUCCAUUUGAUACAUUGCCCAUCAAAAUGUCAUAUCGGUCGUUGGAGCUGUUCAAUCACUUUGCCAACUAUCGGAUCUUCAGCCGGACGGCUGUACCGAAGAGUGCGAGUUCCCAGUGACACGUUUCGAGCCUGUCUCAUCAUGAGUGCGCUGCACUAUUCCCGAAUCAGUGGCGGCCUGAGGGAGUCCGAGAUGGAAGAGACGUACUUGUACCACAAGCUCGAGGCGAUGAGGACUCUAAACAGCAAAGUUACAGACUUGGAAACGUGCACUAGUGAUGGGUGUCUGAGCUUGAUUGCUGGGUUAGCUUUGGCUGAGGGUGGCAUGGGUGACCAAACUGCCGCCGAGGCACAUAUCAAUGGUCUCUGUACUUUGAUCGACAUGAAGCGCCCCGAGGAAUGGCAGCAUCGGUUCUAUGGGAUGCUUCAAAGAAUCAUUCUGAUGGCUGGCAGUUACGUUGCUGCAUCCAGGGACCCGUUUCUAGAAUCACACGUCAUCGAAACCGACGACAUGACCCUCUGCUAUCCCCAUCCAUAUUUCACCAAACCCACAUCAACCCUAUUAUCAACUGCUCAAGUCAAAGCCACUAGCAUCUCGCCCUUCUAUCUGACCUCCACACCCUGUCUCGAGGCCUGCAAAGCCGAUGUUGAGGGAGAAGUACUAUUCAACGUCCUUGAGCGCCUCACCUCGAGCUGCUUCACGCCAUACAACAACAAUAACAGCGAGACGACUUCACUCCUCCUCUCAGAUGCAGAGUCUUACAUCGCCAGCCUGCUCUUUCAACCGGACCCUUCCUCGACUUCACCAUCCGAAGCUUCAUUUCACAAGGGCCAGCAUCACAAAAAGAGCAAGAGAAAAGGCCACCCAUACAGUCAAGCACCACCAAUCUACUACCCAAACUCAAGCCGUGCCUGGGCCGCAGCCGGUUACCUCUACAUCCAUCUCAUAUUAUCCCCUCUCUGGACCCAAACCCACCAAGAAGAGAGUAUAGACCCCGACCUCCUUUGGCAUCUCCUCAACACCCUGCGAGAAGACAUUACCAAAACCGAAGCAGCCAUGAACAUCGGCGCCUAUAGCCCAGAGCUGUGGAUAUGGGAGGUUGUCAUAGCCGCCUACACCGUCCGUGUGUCUCUCCAACAACAACAACAACAACAACAACAACAACAAGACCCAAUGACGACGAGCUUGGCAAGUGUAGCUGAGGACAUCUUCAGCACUACAUCAUCAAAAGUUUUAUCAACCUCUCAAACAGUCAUCUGGCCUGGCCUCACCUACGCCGAAAGUUUAGUUUCUUCAUCUUCCUCGCAGGAUGGUAGCGGUGCUUCUUCACCCUCUCACGACAAUCCUGACCAACCGCACACUUAUAUUCCGCCUGUGUCACCUCCACCAAAAGAUCACCUCCAUUCCCUCAAGGUGUUCUUCCGUCAGAAGAUCGCCGUAUGGAGCCAGACAAUCAGGGUUGCGGAUUGGGAAGGGACCAGGCAAAUGCUGACUAGAAUCGUGUGGCCCAAUCAAAGCGCCGGCCAACUCACAAGUUAUUCUGAAAGGCUAGAUACGGUCAUGAAGACAAUUUGGUACGAGGCCUGUCUUUGGUUGCAAUGAGAUGUUCCCGUUGUAAACCACGAGCUUGACGUCAAGCACGCAAUGUUUGGUACCCCUGAAUCACAAUACAGGGUUUCAAUGGUCACGUUUGGAACCGCGUGCUUCUGAGGACAACCAAACCAUCUAGGAGAACGGGUACGGUCGAGGAAUUCUUUUGAUAUGAAGAUGAGAAUUCUGGUGGGGAGAUAAUGCCGAUUAUGUAUAUAAUUGCACCAAAAGCCUGCUUAAUUUUUGCUUACUUCGGCA